CUUCAUCUGCCUUCAUCCAGUCUAUUCGUGGUCGAUGAGGGGUAUCUCGGCAGAUCCGGGAAUAUCAUGGCUUUUGAAGGAUCGCUCUGCCUUGUGGAUGCUUGCUUCUAAACUUCUAAACCUGUGCCUCUUGAUAUCUUGAACCUGGCGCAACCAUCAAGCGUCGUUUUGCUAGUCUGCUCAACCUUGGCUCUGGCUUCUUCUGUAUGCGUGCGUUGUUGCCGAAAACAAGAUCCCUUUUGCUUCCUUCUUCUUGUCUAGAGAGUAUAAAAACUAGAGAGUUAAAAAUGGUGUCGACCGUGCAGUAUCACAACACAACACAGGCACCACGCCCAGCGACCGUCAUCCCCGCGCACGUACAACCACUGCAAAAGAGAGCCUACAUACCAUACCCGACGUUCCUCCUCCACGGCGGCAGCGACUCGAGCACCAGCCACGAUGACGAUUUGCCAUGGAUCCUGAUAUCGACGUCGGCAUCGGAGGCGCCCCGUCCGUCGGCGCACCCCAGGUCGAGGCAGCACGCACGGCCGGGCCCCCCGCCACCACAAGCACAGCGGGGCCCCCCGCCACCACAAGCACAGCGGCCACCGCAGGCCACCGGUCCCAUGCGCUACUCCUCGCAGACGUUCCACGAGCACAGGAGGCUUUCGAGGAAGCCAAUGUCGGCCGACCUGCACUCCCUGUACAGCCUGCACAGUGACGAGGGCAGCACGAGCGGGGCCAGCGACGUGCAGCGCGCGGAUAGCCUCAGCGGCGCGAGCAGAACCAGCAGCAGCAGCAGCGGCGGCUGCUCCAGGAGCGACAGCAACAGCAGCUCCAGGACCAACAGCAGCUGCUACAGCAACGAGAGCGUCGCCGGCAGCAGCCGCAGCGGGAGCUCCAUCGACUCGCUGCCGUCGCAACAGGGGCGGAGGCGGGAGUGGCGCAACUCGCUACCGCUACAGCAGGACGGCAGGCGGGAAUACUCGGAGUGGCACGGUUCGCUGCCGCCGCCACGCCAGGCGCAGGUGCGGCAACACCCGGACCCGCUGCGCGACACGCUGGCCAGGACGCAUUCGCUCGAGAUGCGAGGCAGCUUCUACGAGAGGCGCGCGGCGAGCAGGAUGCUGGACGAGUCGCCGCCGCCCACGCCGCCCGAGAGGAGCGUCGCCAGAGGCGUCACGUACAUGCACACGCCGCCCGAGAUGUCGCCCAGGGGAAUCCUGAGGUUCUCGUCGUCGCAGAGGCCCAGCAGGAAGAGGGUGUCGUUCAAGAGGGAGCCGGAACUGGAGGAGUCGAUAGGGUUGCACGAGCGGAGCUCUUCCGAGUGGGAGGUGUUGGAAGAGCCCUUGUGGGCCAUGUGA